CGGCUGUGGGAGGAAGAGUACAACGCCACUUUCGCGAGCAACCGCAACGCUAGUAACUGUGAGCAGAAUAAAAGUGACCCCACUUAUAUCAAGCAGAAGGAAGUUCAAGAAAAGGCGUCUCUCUUUAAUAUGCAGUUGGACUUAAGUGGGGCAAUUCCCAGCCUUAUAGUUGCCUUUGUCAUUGUAGCUAACGGGGAUCGCCAGGGACGAAAAAGGUCUCUAGUUUUACCAUCAGUGGGAGCUCUGAUUACAAAUGUCUUCCUCGCUGUAAUGUCAUAUUUUUCCUUGUCACUCUCUAUCUUAUAUGCGGUUGCAUUUAUUACUGGACUGUUUGGGAGUAUGGCAGCUUUCCUUGGAGGAGGCUUUGCUUUUAUCGCAGAUCUGUGUCAUGACGAGAAGCAGAAAACAACACGAAUAGCUGUGGUUGAUUUGAUUUUUGGAUUUGUAUCUGGAUUGGCGGGACUGUCUUCUGGCUACUUUAUAAAAGGACUAGGCUUUACGUGGACGUUUGUGACAGCAUCUCUGCUUCAUGCCAUUAAUAUUAUCUAUAUUAUAUUUUGUCUGGAAGAUACAGUAGGUGUAUCUGAAUUCCAGCAACAGGAACCAGUAUCUUGUAAAGAAGUUCUUAAAGAGACAUUUUCUGGAGUGUACAUGCUUUUUAAAAAUGCCCCCUUUAAAAAGAGAAUUUUAAUCAUUGUGUUGCUGUUUACAUUUAUGACUUACUUGUUUACUAUGUUUGGUGGGAGUUCACUUUUUACACUGUAUGAGCUGGAUGAGCCACUCUGCUGGAAUGAAGUAUACAUUGGAUAUGGAGCAGCUGCGUUCACUUCCAUCUCUCUGACUAGUUUUUUAGGAGUUUACUUAUUUUCUAAGUGUCUCAAAGACAUUUAUAUUGUCUUUAUUGGAAUAUUUUCUUGCAUUGGAGGAAUGGUCAUGGCUGCCUUUGCCAAAACUACCCUGCUCAUGUUUCUAGUAAGAGUACCAUCUUUACUUUGCUUUAUGCCUAUUCCUGUUUUGCGAUCCAUGCUGUCAAAAGUCGUUCUUGCUAGUGAACAAGGUUCUGUGUUUGCUUGUAUUGCCUGUUUAGAAGUUGUGACCGGUACUAUUUCACUUUUAGUUUUUAAUAGUCUCUAUGCAGCUACUGUUGCAUGGUUUUCGGGCUUCAGCUUCCUCUUAUCAGCAGGCCUUUGUCUAAUUCCACUGAGUGUGCUAUGCUGGCUUCUGUGCACAAGCUGGAACGGAGAGGAUUUGGCUCUACUUGUACAGGAAGAAGUAUCCAGCAUAGACAGCACUGAGAGUUGAACAAAGGAUUCACUUACCUGGGUUUUCUAAUCUGACCUGCAGUGGCAGAGACCCUUAUAUCACACACAGCAUAGAGUUAACACAACAAUUAAAGAUGCAGUCUAAAAGCAGCCCUGCAGCAAUAACCACUAAACUGAUAGCCCUCUAUUUCCAGUGUCUCCUUUUAGCACUUGAAUUAAGCAAGCUCUUAUACUUAACUAUGCAAAUAGGCUGGCAGUAGAGAUUUUAAUGCUGCUUUCAGCACAGGGAAAAGAUAAGGUCUUUCCACCUACGCUUUCUCAAGUUUGAAAAUGUUAGCUGUGGCAUGUUGUACAUCUUGUAUCAUUCUAAGUGGGGUGACAGUGACGAUAAGCUUAUUAGCUCUUUAGCCAGAGUGCACGAGAGAAUUCUGUUGAAGCCACAGAGCUCAUGCCGGCUAAAGAUGCAGUCCACCGUGGAUAUCGUGAAAGGGCCGUCUUACUGUGAAGCACACAGAAUUGUCUGAAAUUAGUAAACUAAAAGGUCCUUCUUUCAGAAGGCAACCAAACUGGAAGAAAUACUUCUCUGUAAGUAGAAGUACAUCUGCUGUAAGCUGCAGUUAGCAGAGAAUGUUUGUGCAAGUUUAACUUACGAUGUGUGGACUUUGCCUCUGACUUAGUUCUUAAAAUGGAUUUUCACACUGAACAGUCAUACUUAGAAAAUUUCCAGCUUGCGGAGUGUGAAGUUACGCCUAUGCCUACAUUUUGCACAGACCAUAUUGCACAUUUAUUUUUAGAUUAUACAUCUAUGAUCCUUUUCCAUGUAUUUGGGACUGCAUACAGACACUUCUGUUCUUUCUCCCAUAAAUACUUCUUUUCCAGUUAAGCUGGGCUAUACUGACUUAAAUCUUUCUCCUAGGGAAAGGAUGUGAUAUCUUUUCUCUUCAGUGGAUCUUCUGAUUUUUUUUAAUAACCCUGAAAUGAGGUGACAAAUUCUGAACCAUGCAUCUAAUCAUCUUGCAAUGUAGCAUAAUUUAUUAGCACUUGAGUAGCAUUUCUCAUCUUCAAAGCACCUUAUAAAUGCUAUUCAUUUUAAAGAACAUACGUCUGUAACAGAUAAUUCUCCCCCCGUUUCAGAGAGAGGGAAAUAAACAGAGUAGUGACUUGCCCUCAGUCACAGUGCAAAUCAGCAAGAGCACCAAAUCUAGAAAUCAGUUUCUGCUCCUUGACUCUUCAGCUUUUUGCUUGAGAGCUUUAUGCAGAAACUAGCACAGUUUCUGAAAUGUACAGCACAGCAGAAAAAAACAUGAAUGUGAUCACCAUGUUAAGGACCACUCCCAUGUGCUUAUUUAAGAGUUUUACAGCUAAUGUUGUGCUGAUUCCUGAAAGUACAGGUAGGCUGUGUGUGACUUUCUUCCCCCAGAACGGAUUACGUGGAAAAAUCAAAAUAUGAUAAGCUGGCUGAUGUUCACAAGAGGAAAAUGGUACGAAAGCAACUGUGAAGUGGAAACUGACUUCACAUGCACAUAGCAUAGGAUAAAAAUGAGGAAGGACAACCAUAGCAUAAUCAGUGGUCUACUAGCAUCUAUUAGUGUCAGUCAUAUGAACAGAUCACUUCUGCAGAGCGUCUCAGUGGUACUCCACCAAAAAAACAUCAGCACAGGAGGAUGAUAGUAUGGCAGAUCCUUUCUUGUUUGAACUACGGUAUUGUUCCAAGCUACGCAUCGUGGCCACUAAGAGGUUUGGAAAAGAGUUCAAAUAAGGUCAAGGAGAGUUAUCCUAUACAGGAUACUACUGUGUGUCAUGGCUGAAAGCUGUUCAUUUCCUCCAAGAUAAGGGCAAUGAAGCUUUAUGCAGCUAGUAAAUAGAGCUUCUGUCCUGAACUACCAAGGCUGCCCAUUAAAGACCAUUAGCUUUUGCUAUGUAGUUUGAAGAGCGGCCAGUAAAUAAGACUCUCUGCCCCUGCACUGCCUGAGUUGCUGCCAAUUUCUUGGAGAAGCAGGCUGAGUUUUACAAUGAUCAGUGGGUCCAAAACAUAGUAAGUACUUCCAGAGAGAUUAAUGAAACACUGAUCUGAAGGACUUCAGCACAAAGAUUACAUUGUCUUCCUUUUUCUUUAUGUCUGUCCUUCUUUAUAAAAAGGGCGUGUCCUUUCAUUUCCUCUUCCUCAAUGAAGGCCUCUGCUAUGGCUCUGAUGGUAGCAACAAAGAAAUCUAAUUCAGCAGUAGCAUUCUGUUAGUGUAAAUGAGAAUUUUCACAUGCAGUUCAGGGAUGGCUUUGUUAUGGUUUGAUCUCACUGUACAAAAUAUCUGUUGUUUACAAAAUAUUUCUGGCAGACACAGCCUUUAGAACUGGCUGCAAAGUUUGGUCAAAACACCUGUAGGAUAUGAAGCGUUGUUUAAAGUGUCUGGCAGAAUGCAAACUGAGGAGCCAGGUACUCAUGAGCUUUUUGUUUUUAAAUCAAAAUCUUAAGGUUUGUAAUAGUUGGUCUAUGUAUAUAUAAAGGCAAAUAUUAUUUUGACGGAAGUUAAUAAAAUGAAAUUUGGUCUUUUAAACUCUA